CGGGUCCCCGAGGCCGCGCUGGGGGCUGAGUGGGUUUCUUGGCGCCUUCCGCAGUGGCGCAGCGAGUGUCUGAGAAUUCCUGGUCCCUCCCUCUUGAACACAGGAGCAACUGGGCAGAGCCGAAGAGGGAGCCUACUGCUCAGACCUGGCCCAGGCACCACAGCUAGCACCGAACUCCCAGAUGGAUUUUAAAAUUGAAUACACUUGGGAUGGUCUUCCAGUGAGGCAUGAGCCAGUGUGUGUCAGGCUGAACCGGUGUGACCAGGGAGUGAAGAUGGAGGUCAGUGCUCCAUUGUUCAAUGAUCCUCCAGCCCCUCUCGGAGAACCGGGAAAGCCUUUCAGUGAACUGUGGAAUUAUGAAGUUGUGGAAGCAUUUUUCUUGAAUGAUGGAACUGAGCAGUAUUUAGAAGUCGAACUUUGUCCACAUGGACAACAUUUAGUUCUUUUACUCUCUGGAAGAAGAAAUAUUUGGAAAAAAGAGCUUGCAUUAUCAUUCAAAGUGUCCAGAGGAGAAGCUAACUGGGAAGGCGAAGCUUAUCUUCCCUGGAGUUAUUUCCCACCAAAUGUGACACGCUUCAACUCAUUUGCAAUCCAUGGAUCCCAGGACAGGAGAGUUUAUGAAGCGCUUUACCCAGUGCCACAGCAUGAGCUGCAACAAGGACAAAAACCUGACUUCCAUCGUCUAGAAUAUUUCAAGCCUUUCAGUUUUAACACACUGCUUGGAGAAGAAUGGAAGCAGCCAGAAUCAGACCUGUGGCUAACAGGGAAACCUGAUAUAUAGGAUUAUAACCAGCAAUGUCAGUCAUUUCUCCUCUGUAUCUUUUAAGGUAAUCUAAUAAGAUAUAUAAACACAUUUCUAUAACAAAUAUUUUAACAGAGAUCACCAAAAUGUAGUAUCUCUGUGAGAAAUUGGAUACAGUGAACAAAGAAAUAGAAACUCUGUGUAACACAAAAUAAUUUUUACUUAAAUAUCCUUUCCACCCUUGAAAUAAGUACAGAACAAUAUAUUUUAGUUGAUGAGACCAUCUAUAUAUGCUAAUGAGUCUAGAUAGAAGAGUUAUCUAAUUUGAUAUUUUUACUGUGUAAGAAGAAAUUAAAUAGUCUUGAAUUAAGGAAAUGGAGUUUAUAAUUUUACUUACAGAUAAAUGGUAUUUUCUUAAUGUUGCUAAAACAAUAUGUCAGAAACCUUCAUUUGAUUUUUGAAGUGUCAAACAAUCCUGGUUUAAGAUAGUUUCCAAUAUAAUAAAUCAGUACCCCUCUCUCACAUAAACAGGUCAUGCAGACAAAAACUGAACAAAAGGAGUCUAGAGUGAAACUGCACCACAGAUCAACUAGACACAGCUGCUGAGUAUUCCACCAACAUCUGCAGAAUGAACUCUGUUUUCAGAGGCUUACGUUCCAGAAUAAGACCAGUAACACAUUUGUUGCAAUUCAGAUAGCUGUAGCUUCUUGGGUUUAUUUAUACUAGAAGACUUUUAGAUCUGAUAAACAAAUUCAGCCAAAUGGCAUACAACACAGUCAGAAUACAGACAAAAAUAAUAGAUUUUCCAUACCCGACUAACCAACCUGCUGAGAAAUCAGGAAAGCAUUCCCAUGCUCAGCAAAAAGAAUAUUUAGGAACAAGCCUGUGUGUUCCUUUUCUCAUUGUAAUUAAAAGAUAACUGACAAAAGGCAGUCUGUGAAGGAAGGCUCUCUAUUGGCUCAUAGUGCUGGAUACACUCCAUCACGAUGGGGAAAACAUGGCCACGGGAAUGUGAGGCGGCUGGUCAUGUGUGUGUCUACAGUUAAAAACCAGAGAGGCGAAUGGUGUGCUCAGCUCACCUUCUCAUUGCCGUUCAGCCUUCCCUAUCGCAUGCCGUGAUGGAGACCUCAUUCUGCGCUUGCUUUCCAUUCUCAAACCUUUUAAAAAAUGCUCACAAAGACAUAUCAGUGAAUACAGCUCCUAGGGUAUUCUAACACCAUGUAAUCGACAGUGAGAUUAGUCAUCAUAUCUUGCUGAGGUGGUGAAAGGCUUCUACAAUGAAAGUUACAGGACUCUGAAGAGAGAAAUUGAGGAAGACAUUAGAAGAUGAAAAGACAUUCCAUGUUCUUGGAUCAGUAGAUUUAGAAUCGGGGAAAUGGCCUUAUGAAAAUGAGCUAUCUAGAAGGUUUUAUGAUCACUUUCAAAAUUUAAAUGACAUUCUUCACAUAACUAGAAUAGUAUCCUAAAAUAUGCUUGCAAAUACAAAAGACCUAAAAUAGGCAAAGAUGUACUGAGUACCAAGAACAUUAUUGGAAAUUCCCAAUAUUUGAUUUCAAGUUAUACUACAGAGUUGUUGUCAUAAAUGGGACCAGCAUCAAAACAAGCAGUAGACCAAUGAAUUAGAGCGGAGGAUCUAAAAGUUAGCCUACAUAGCCAUAGAUACAUACAUUUUGACUAAGGAGUAACAAGCACUCAUGAGCAAAAUUUUUCUCAACCAUUGAUGCUGGGAAAAUAGUAUGUUGAUAUGGAACACUAGAGAUAAAUCCCCAUAUCCCACCCUGUACAUAAAUCAGCCCCAAGACCUUAAUGUAAGAUCUGAAACACUGAAGUCAAAAGAAGAAAACAAGGAAAACUUCAAGAUGUAAAUACAGGCAGUGACUUCAGGAAUAUAACUCCAUUUCCUCUAGAAAUAAAAGAAUCAAAAAAAUGAAUUUCCUCAAAUUAAAAGGCUGCCCAGGAAAGGAGAUAAUUAAUGAAGUGAAGAGACAGACUAUAUAGCAGGGGAGAAUCAGGGGUGUAACAUCUACCAUAUCCAAAGAACUUAGAAACACCAUCACAGCAAGGCAGGGAAAAGUGCAGUCAGUAAGUGGGCAGAUCAUCUGCACAGUGCUCAAAAGAACUUGUACAGGUAGCUAAUGAUAAAAAAAACUUAGUGUCUUUAGGUAUUAGGAAAAUGCAAGUUAAAACUGCAUUGAGAUUUCAUUUCAUCCCAGUGAAAAUGUCUGUCCUGAAGAAAGCAACAAAUGCUGGUGAAAGUAAGGAGAAAGCUCAAAUCCACUAUUCUUGGAGACUUAUAUUAGUAUUGUCAACUGUGGAGAUAAAAUGAAAACAGCUGCGUAUGAUCCAGCUCUACCACUUCGAGCGCAUGCCCCAAGGGAAUCUGAAUCAGCAUAGCUGUGUUCAUCACACUACCCAAGCUAUGAUAUCAGUCUCCUAGAGCUAGUGUGUCUGUCUCCUGAUGAAUGGAUAAAGAAAACACGCACACACACACACACGAGACAGACAGAGAAAUGACAUACCAUUCAACCACAAGAACAAAAUUAGGUCAUUAUCAGGAAAUUGGAUGGGACUAGAUACUGGGUUAAGUAAAAUAAGUCAGUCUCUGAAACAUAAAUAAUUCAUGGCUUUCCUCCUAUAUGAAAGUUAAACAAGACACCUGAAUAUACAAGGGGAGACAGAGAAGUGGAAGAGGAUUUGAGGAGAGAGGAGAGAUAGGUGAAAAGAUGGAGCGGGGAAUAAAAAUGUUCAUAGUUGUAUACAUGGAUGAAUCUGCCAAUGUAAAAUCUGCUAUUCUGUGUAAUUGAAACUGCGUUGAGUUUUCAUCUUCUCCAAGGAAAAAUGGUUGUGUUCAAAAGAGCAACAAAUGCUGGUGAGGGUAAGGAAGAGAGAGCUCUAUCUACUAUUUAUAUUAGUAUUGUCAACUGUGGAAAUCAAUAUGGAGAUACACAAAUUAAAAGUUUCUGGUCUAGAAGUCUCAAA